AUGAACGUUAGACAAGCUACCGUCGAGGACAUGAUUUACAUUCAAAAUUGUAACUUACUGGAUCUUCCAGAGAACUACCAAAUGAAGUAUUACCUUUAUCACGCUUUAUCUUGGCCUCAAUUGUCCUUUGUUGCUGAAGACGAAAGUGGCAAGGUGGUUGGCUAUGUUUUAGCUAAAAUGGAGGAAGAGCCUACCGAAGUGCCUCAUGGUCAUAUCACAUCUUUAUCUGUGAUGCGUACUUAUAGACGUUUGGGUCUUGCCCAGAAAUUAAUGACGCAAGCUACCAUGCAAAUGGCUCAAGUCUUUGGAGCUCACUAUGUAUCCUUACACGUACGUAAAACCAACCGUGCUGCCAUCGGUCUCUACAGAGACACCUUGAAGUUUGACGUGCAUGAUAUUGAAAAGAAGUAUUAUGCUGAUGGUGAAGAUGCUUUAGCCAUGCGUUUGAAUUUGAAGGAACCUAAGCCUAUCAUUCGUGGUAUUGUUGAAGAAGUGAACCAAGUUGUUGCUCAAUAA